GAGUGAGCGAUAUAUGGGAGCAUCAUCAAUAUAUUUAUUUUAUUUUCUUUCUUUCCCUUUUUUUAUUCUCCAAUUUUCUUUCUCUUUGUCUUCUUCCCAAGCGUUUUCUAUGUAAUCCUUUCUUCUUCAAUUCUCUCUUCUUCUCUGCGACCUCUUCACCAAGCUCCUAAUUGGCGGCCUCGAAUUCCAAUUUAAUUUCUCACUUAAUUGAUUCAGCUCCUCUCCGAUCAUGACGAGUCCGCUGCCAGAGUUUUUGUCAAAGAGGGGAAUAUCAGUUCCUUAAUCAACUUCCUCCAUUUAAAUGCUCAUUUUUCGAGUCGGGAUUUUUAUUGAAUUGUUCAAAUCUGGCUCAAUUAUUGCUCAAUCACAUGCCCCUGACGUAUGAAUCGCUUUAGUACAAGUGGGAGCAACCCCUAUUUUUUGUAAUUAGGCAAGGGGUAGUUGUUAAUUGCAUCCACUUGCCGCUUCUAAGUUCUAACAAAUUAUAAAUUUUACAAGGAAUUAUGUUGCAGUUAGUCUGCGAUUGUAUUGGAAACAAGAUAUGUUUGGAAUUGGGGAGAAGACGGUGAAGGCAGGUUUAGAGAUGAGUUGAAGGAGAGUGAGGUUAAAGUGGAAAGUUUGUUAAAAUAGCAGCAGGCUUUUUGUUGUCAACAGUUAAAUGUGUAAAUUUGUCUUUUUGGGGUCCUAAUCUAGCAUCCAAAUCUUGAAUACUAAACACAGACUUUGCAUACUCCAUCUCAGCAGCUCAAAUCUUGGCGGGCCUAUAUCCUGUGAAUGGUGAAACAAACAAGCGGCCUUAUCGUGAGCUUCGGCGAGAUGUUGAUCGACAUGGUGCCUACAGUGUCGCUGGCGGAGGCGCCGGCGUUCGUGAAGGCACCAGGAGGCGCGCCGGCCAACGUGGCCAUAGCCGCGGCUCGGCUCGGCGGGAACACAGCCUUCGUGGGGAAGCUAGGCGACGACGAGUUCGGGCUGAUGCUCGCCGGAAUACUGAAAGAGAACGGCGUCUCCACCCAAGGCGUCUGCUUCGACAAGGUCGCGAGGACCGCGCUGGCCUUCGUGACCCUACGCGCCGAUGGGGAGCGUGAGUUCAUGUUCUAUAGAAAUCCUAGCGCCGACAUGCUCCUAACUCCGCCCGAACUAAAUCUCCCACUUAUUAGAUCCGCGAAGAUAUUCCAUUUUGGAUCCAUAAGCCUGAUUGGGGAGCCAUGUAGAUCGGCACAUCUGAAAGCGAUGGAGGAGGCGAAGGCAGCAGGAGCGCUGCUGUCGUACGACCCGAACCUGCGGCUGCCGCUCUGGCCGUCGGCGAAGGAGGCUCGGGAAGGGAUGCUGAGUGUGUGGGACAAGGCUGAUGUGAUAAAGAUGAGCGAUGAUGAGCUUUGCUUCCUCACACACAACUCCAGCUUCGAUGAUGAAUCUGCAUUGUCGCUUUGGCGCCCCAACUUGAAGCUUCUUCUUCUCACUCUUGGGCAAAAGGGCUGUCGAUACUACACCAAGAAUUUCAAGGGAGCAGUGGAAGGUUACAGUCUAAAGAGGGUGGACACAACCGGAGCAGGCGAUGCUUUUAUGGGAGCCCUCCUUCGUAAGAUCGUGGAUGAUCUUUCCAUCAUCGAGGAUGAGGAGAGGUUGAAAGAGGUGGUUCGGUAUGCGAGUGCAUGCGGAGCUAUCUCGACAACUAAGAAGGGAGCCAUCCCAGCUCUUCCUUCUCACUCUCAAGUCCUCACUCUUCUCAACCAAGAUCAUAUAUAACAGGAAAAACCUUAUCGGCUUUACACACUGUUUCCCCUUCGCCAACAAACACAACUAAUAAACCAAUGAUCUACUAUUGUAUAUUUCUUAUUCAAUAUUUUAUGUACGUGUGAAAUUUAUCAAGUUGUAAGUCUUGUUGUGUAUUCAUCUGCCAUGCAUCUUCUAAUUCAAUAUACUCACAUUUCGUGAGGAUUAGUGUAUGA